AUGCUUAGCUAUUUUAUUGUGUCCUGUGGUGCAAUUCUUCGUUCUAAAACGGCUUAUGAACAGAUUCAGCAACAAUCUUCGGAUUGGUCAUACCCGUUUUUGCAUCUUAUAAAUCCAGUUUCUGGUAAAAACUCAUCGAACCAACAUUGUUGUCAUCUUGAACUCGCAUUAUCUUCAACACUGCUAAAAGUACCGUACGGCGCAUUUCAUCGCGAACAGACCACGUUUGCCUUAUCUCCGUACCUAAAUCAGGAUCUCAAACGGAAACGGUUCAAUCACAGACGAAACUGUGCAUACGUGCUAUUCAGCCAUAAAAUUCAUUCGUAAAGACAAUUUUACUUAAGAAAUUUAAUCAGCUCUUUCAUCGAUGUAGUCCUUGUUGCUCUCCUCACGAUGCGUCCACAGAGACAGGUUGUCUCUCAGCAACUGCAUGAUGAGCGUUGAGUCCUUGUAGUGCUCUUCCGACAACACAUCAAUAUCUUUUAUUGCGUCGUCGAACGCCUGCUUGGCAAGCAUGCACGCCUUAUCUGGCAUCUUCUCAAUUUCAUAGUAGAACACCGAAUAAUUAAGACACAGGCCAAGUCUGAGCGAGUUCACCGGUGCCAACUCAUUCGCAAUCUCGCUUGCCUUUUCGUACGCGUUCUUGCUCUCCGUCUUGAACGCCAAGAAGUCUUGGCUGGUGGCAACCUCCGCCUUAUACCUGAAAUAGUCGCCCUUCAUUUUCAAAAAGAAUACCUGCGAUUCGACAUCAAGUGCAGUCUCAUUUUCCUUAAGAAUGUGCUUGUCUAUAUGACCUAUCACAUCGUCGCAAAUCGUGUUCAGCUCGUUCUCCACCUCCACCAAAUAGUCUACAAUCACGUUAUAGUAGUCUAAAUUUGUGUCCUUGUAUUUCUCCUUCUCGAUACAUAGCGUGCGCCACGCUGCUCGUCUUGUUCCUGUCAGGUUUUUGAAUGCCACCGAGAAGUAGUUGCGUACCUUGGGUGUUAUCUCCAUUUUUUCCUCCCAGUGCAGCUUGACCACACGUUUCAUGUCUUUUAUCAUGUCCUCGUACCGCUCGGCACGCUCGCUAAGGCUUGCGCGUAGAAUCAAUUGGUCAAGGUUCA